CGUGCGUGUGUGUGUCAUUGGGGGGUUGGAGGCUUCUCCCGAGCUUGUAAAAGUUGAAGUGUUGAACUCUCCCUUCCUGUCUGCUGCGUGACUGGCCAAGCUGAAUCAGGUCGGCGUCGCUGAAUUUUCUGACCGGGAGGACCGCCCGCUCGCCGCGGGGGUGGGUGCGAGGCGGGAGGGCGUCGGCGUGACAACAGGAAGCCGUCCAAGCAAGCGAGCGAGCAGAACUUGCCCCCCGCCCGCCGUGGUUCCAAGAUGGCCGGCGUGAGCGGGCUCCUCACGCUGCUGCUGCUGCUGCCGGUCGGAGCGGCGGCCGGCGGCGGCGUGGAGGCGAACGCCGGCAUGGAGGUGGCCAGGGGGCGCUCGGCCUUCCUUGCCAAGGAGCAGCUGCGGAUCCGGACGCGGGCCGGCGACCUCUGCAAGGUGGAGGUGGUCCUCAACCAGCCCGUCACGCAGCGAGUGGGCCGGCUCACGCCGCAGGUGUUUGACUGCGAUUUCCUGCCAGAGGAAGUGACCUACCGGCACAACGGAAGCCCUCUGCUGGACAGCGACCAAGUGCUACUGCGGCUCUACAGGUUGGGGCCGGCGGAGACGGGCGUGGAGUCGGUGGUCCUGCGGGUCCGCGUGGUGGACCGCUCGCCCCGCCUGGCGGACUUGGGGCCGACUCCCCUGGUGGUCCCGGACUUCUACGCGCUGUCCAACGCCAUCGACGGCUCGGUCGUCAACAUCGGAGGCCGGGACGGCGCGGCGUGCACCGUGCGAUUGCUGGCCGCCGCGGGAGCCCUGACCGCCGGUCGGCUGGUGCGGGAAGACGACGGCCUCCGCGCGAAAGGUGGCGAGGCGGCGGCGGCGGCGCGUUGCCCCGGCAACCGAUCCUGCGCCGACGGCGCCGAGGAAGUGUCUUACCUGAAGACCGGCUGUCAGGACUUCCUGAGUUCCGGCCUCAAGUACCAACACCUCAGCCCACCCUCGCCCGACCUGGACCACAUCGCCAUCACCGUGGAGCUGAGGGACCAGGAGAGCGGGGCUCCGCUGGAGGCGGAGUCUCUGUGGCUGCCGGUCCGGAUCGUCGGGGCGACGCCCAACCAACCGCCGCGGGCCGCCUUCAUGGCGUCCUUCAUACUGGAGGUGGACCAGUUCGUCCUGACCCCCAUCACCACCGCCACGCUGGACGCCGAAGACCCCGAGGGCCCCCGGGACGGCUUGCUGUUCAACGUGAGCGUCCCGCCCCCUCGGGGCUACGUCACCCACCUGGACGAGCGCACCAAGCCCGUGGGCUCCUUCAGCCGGUCCGACCUGCACCACCUGAAGGUGGCGUACCAGCCGCCCAACGGCAGCCGCUCCGCGCGGGACAACUUUCAGAUGGAGUUUCGGGCCAUUGACGCUUCCUACGCGACCAGUCCGCCCAUCGUGGUGGACGUGUCCAUCAGGGCGGCGGAGACCGACGCGCCCCGGGUGUCCUGGAACACCGGUCUGGACCUGCUGGAGGGGCAGUCGCGAGCCAUCACGUGGGCGGAGCUGCAAAUCGUGGACAGCGACAACAUCGACGACGUCGUCCUGGUGGCCGUGGACGGGCCCGCGCACGGGCGCCUCACGGUCAGAGGCGCCAAGGCGUUUGCCUUUGGCACGCGCGACCUGCGCGAGGGCCGCGUGGCGUACGAGCACUCGGGCAGCGAGAGCACGCGCGACCACGUGGUGUUCCGCAUCAGCGACGGGCGCCACAGCUCGCGCCACAAGUUCCCCAUCAACAUCCUGCCGCGCGACGACACGCCGCCCUUCCUGGUCAACAACGUGGCGCUGGAGGUGCCCGAGGGCGGCGCGCUCAGGCUCCGCCCCGCCGCCCUCUUGGCCUCCGACGCGGACUCCGCCGACGCCCGCAUCCUCUUCAGGGUGGACGUCCCCCCGAGGGCCGGCCGCCUCGUCUCCAGGGCCGACCCCCGCGACCCCGGCCUUCCGGUCACGUCCUUCCUCCAGCGCGACUUGACUCGAGGUCUGAUCUUCUACCAACACUCGGGAGAGGAAAUCUUCGAGGACUCCUUCCAGGUCACGCUGGCCGACGCCCACGUCCCUCCCAACCUGUCGCAGGCUUACACGGUGGCGGUGGCGGUGUUCCCGGUGGAGGACGGGCUUCCGGUGGAAUGGGACGGGAGCGUGCGCCGGCUCACGCUGAAGGAGACCCAAGUGGCCUUCAUCACCCGCGCGCACCUGCGCUUCACCCACAGCGAACGCCCGCAGGCCGACCUCACCUACGCCAUCACCCGGCCCUGCCACAGCCCCCAACGUCCCGGUUUGAUGGACGCCGGUCGUCUUUUCUUCGUGGACGGCGCCGCCGCCCUGAGCCGGGACCCGACGGCGCCGGCGCUCAAGUCCUUCACGCAGCACGCGGUGGACCACUUGAAGGUGGCGUACAUGCCGCCUCUGGAGGACAUCGGACCCGACCCGCUCGCCGUCCGCUUCGUCUUCUCCGUCAGCGCCCAUCGCGGCGGCGCCGUGGCCAACCUGGACUUCAACAUCACCGUCACGCCCGUCGACGACCAACCGCCCGAGGCUUUCGGCAAUCUCUUGCGCGUGGAGGAAGGCGGCGCGGCGUUCGUGACGGACGAGCACGUGCUGGUGCGCGACCGCGACACCCAUGAGCCGGACCUCAAAGUGGAACUGGAGCGCCCGGCGCGCCGCGGACGUCUGGAGCUGCGAGGGCGGAGCCUGCGACCCGGAGAUGCUUUCGCGCUCGCCGAUCUCAGGGGACUCGCUGUCAGGUACGUCCACGACGACUCGGAGAGCACCGAGGACGACGUGGGCCUGCGUGUGACGGACGGCGUCAACGCCGUCCUGCUGGACCUGCGGAUUCACGUGGUGCCGGUGAAUGACGAGCCCCCGCAGCUGGGCGCGGGCCUGCGCGGCGGGCUGCGUUGCCCGGAGGGCGGGCGCGUCCAGCUGACGGCCGACUACCUGCUGGCCACCGACCGCGACAGCGAGGACGCCAAGCUGAGCUACAUGUUGGCGCGGCGGCCCGCCAGGGGCGAGCUGCGCAGGGCGGGACUUGCCGUGGACAAGUUCUCGCAGGAGGACCUCCUGCGAGGUGACGUGUUCUACGUGCACACGGGCGGCGAGAUCGGCCCCGCUCCCGCCUCCGACACCGUCACGCUCAUCAUCUCCGACGGCGAAGCGGGCGGGACGGACGGCUGUUGCCCCGGUGACGCCCCGCCCGUCCCGCUGCACGGCACGCUUCCUGUGUAUGACCUCAAUGUCACGCUACUUCCUGUCAACAACAAAGUUCCCAGCGUCAUCCUGGGAGGGUCCGUGUUGGCAGUGGACGAGGGUUCAUGGGCGUGUCUGUGCGGGGGCAUCCUGGGGGCCUGGGACGCCGACAGCCCCCCCGCCGAGCUGACCUUUCACCUGGAUGCCAAACCUCUGCACGGCUUCCUGGAAAACGUUCAACCGACGCCGGGAUACGAGAAGAGCAACGCGGGCGUGCCCAUAGAGUCAUUCAAGUUGGACGAGGUGACGUCGGGCUUCAUCAACUACGUCCAAUCGGAGCACGAAGGGGCGGAGCCCACGGCGGACCAAUUGCUGAUCAGCGUGAGCGACGGCCUGCACCACUCGGCCUCGGCGCCCGUCCGCAUCGUCAUCCAUCCCACCAAUGACGAGAAGCCGUCGCUGCGCCUGGCCAACUUUACCGUGAAGGAGGGGGGCGCGCGGGAGUUGACCCCGUCCCUCCUGGACGCCUUCGACCUGGACGCCCCCGCGGACGAGCUGACCUUCAGCCUGGCGGGGGCGCCGGCGCACGGCGGCCUGAAGGCCGGCCCCUCCCGUCCCCCGGACCGGACGGGCGCUUCGCCGGCGGCCGUGGCGUCCUUCACCCUGCGGCAGCUGCGCCAGGGCUUGCGCGUGUGGUACGAGCACGACGACUCGGAGACGCUGGAGGACCGGCUGACCCUGCGACUGAGCGAUGGCGUCCACUCGCUCAGCGCCACCGCCGUCGUCAGCGUGCUGCCCGUCGACGACCACCCGCCCCGCCUGCUCAAGAACGCCGGCGCGCAGGCGGAGCCCGGCGAGCGUCGGCUGCUCUCCGCCGUGGUCCUCCAGGCCGAGGAUGCCGACACGCCCCCCGAGAAACUCUUCUACCUGCUCCACGCCGCGCCUCGCUUCGGAAGACUGCAGUUGGAGAGCCGGACGGGCCCGACGGAGCUGGCGGCGGGUCGCAACUUCACUCAGGACGACGUGGACGCCAACCGGCUAAGCUACGAGCCUCGCCGGCGCGGUGACGACGGCGGGUUCCAAGGUCACGACAGCUUCCGCUUCAGCCUCAGCGACCUGGAACACCAAAGCUCCGCCCACACCUUUAGCAUCACCAUCAGCGGCGCCCACAAAGGCGACGUCUCCGUGUGGACGGGCGCCGUUCACGUGGCGUCGGGCCAGCGCGUGCUCCUGAACACGGACUUCCUGCGGGCGCAAGACGGCGGCGGGCGCCCGGACCGGCUGGUCUACACGGUGACGGCGGCGCCGCGCCACGGCCUUCUGCACGCGGCGGCGCGGCCCGGCGUGCCGCUGGCCACCUUCACGCAGAUGGACGUGGCCGCCCAGCGCGUCUGCUACACGCACGACAACGGGCAGCUGCAUCGCAGCGACGCCUUCAGUUUCGUGGUGAGCAACGGCGAGCGGUCGCAAGCCGGCACCGUGCGUUUGUCCAUCGAGGCGGUGGACCGCAUCCCGCCGACGCUGGAGGUCAACGCGGGCGUGCGAGUGCGCGACGGCGGCACGGCGGCCAUCGGCGCCGAGGUCCUGCGGCUCAGCGACCGCGCCGACCCCGCGCCCGUCGUCUUCACCCAGGCCGACGUGGACGGGCGCCACCUUGCUUACCGGCACGCCGACCCCGCCGGCCGGCGCCUCAACGACAGCUUCCGCUUCCUGCCCGGGGACGGCCGCAACCGGGGCUACUUGAGAGACGGGCGGCUGAGGACCGAGCCGGCCGUCUUCGCCAUACACGUGGAGCACGCGGACCGCUCGCCUCCCAUCCUGACCACGUUGGGGCGGCCCAGCGAGGUGAUCCGGCUGAGAGACGGUCGGCGGGCCCUCUCGAUCACGUCCGAGCACCUGCGGGCCGUCGACGCUCACAGUCCGCCCGAUGGGCUCCAGUUUGCCGUCGUCACGCCGCCGCGCUUCGGCCACCUGGAGAACAUCCGUACCGGAGCCUACGUCCGGGGCCGUUUCACGCAGCGAGACCUGCAGCGCCGCUCACUGGUCUUCGUGGUGCCCGCCGACGCCGACGUGACGGAAGACAGCUUCGUGUUCCGACUCAGCGACCCGGCGGGCAACGCCGCCCCGCCACAAACGUUGGAUCUGUCCUGGUCCCGAAUCGAGCUGUCGGCCAGCUGCUUCCGGACCUGCGAGACGGCGGGAACGCUCCAGGUCCACAUCCAACGGCGCGGGAAGAGCGCCGACCCGGCGUACGUGGCCAUCCAGGUCCGGGACGGCACCGCCAAAGCGGGUCGGGACUUCACGCACAGCACAGCCGGACUGAUACAGUUUGACCCAGGAGUCGACCGGAAAACGUGGAGCAUCUACCCGGAAGCCGACGGCCUGGAGGAGAAUGACGAAGACUUCACCGUCGUGCUGCAGGACCCUAAGAACGCCGUCUUGGGUCAAAGGACCUCUGCCAGGGUGGAGAUCGUCGACCCCAGAGGAGGACGUUGCGAUUUGAGCAAGGGGGAAACGGCCGAGGCCCCUCCCCCGUCGGCCGUUGCCACACCUCCUCCGGCAGUCGCCGCGCCCCCUACGGCGGAGGACGACGCCGUCCUUGAUGCGGAGGCGGAGCAGUUUUUCGGGGAGAGUACGCACCCUCCCCGAGGCGACGUCCCGAACCGCCGACCCUUCGCGGGCGAGGACGACGAGGACGACGGCCCGGCAGAACCGCGAGACCGAGCGCAUCCCGGACACACAGACGAGCAAGUCGCCGGGAAGAUUGGACUCCAGGUGCUGUCGGCGGGAGCAAAGCCCGACCACAAAGUCUGGACGUUCCACAGUCUGACUUCUCUGCGGUUGGAGGAGGUCGCGGCCCCGCAGGCAGGCGGCGCCACCGAGAGGCACGGCCCAGGACACGCCCCUCCCGCGGGAAGCAGGAAGCGGGAGGCUGAGUCACGCCAGCGCAAAACGGGGAGGUCGCCGACUGGCCGCUGUGAAGUUGGCUGGACUCGCCACGGGGGGCGCUGUUACCUGGCCGGCUCCUCCGUCAGCAGCUGGGCGAGCGCCGAGCGCUCCUGCUCCGUCUUGCUGUCCAAUAGCAGCCUGCCGAGCGUGCGGUCCAGACGCCAUCUGGGCUGGCUCUGGAGAUUCGGUGGCGAGAAACCAUUUUGGAUCGGCCGGUCCGAGAUGGCGGCAACCCGCCGAGGCCUUACAAGCGCCGUCGGCGUGCUUGCUGGUGGAGAGCUCAUCCCGAUGGACGUCCGGCGGCUGUGACGCCGCCACGCAGCACGCCUUCAUCUGCGAGGCGCCGCCUUGCCCUCCCUAAAGCUCCAAAGCUCGCGGCCGCUCCUCCGACGACGGCGAUGCUCCGUGGCUUUCUGACUCGCCGCGCGAUGGGAUUUCUUCAGCUGCCGAAUCUCCUGCCCAUGACGACGCCGCCGCCGGCCGCACCGAAUUCGCAAGCGUUCCCGUGGCCAAACGCAAACGGCCGACCGCGCCCCCGCCAUCAAUUUUCACAGAAGCAUCAGAUUGGGGCCGCCUUUCACAAGCGACCGCUCUCGCCGAAAGCCGAUACGCCCGCUCGGCUCCGGACUGAAUUGCGAAGGCGGCGCUUCAUCACCCAGACGCGCACUGCGGCGGCGGCGGCCGGUCACUAGAGGGCGCCAGGGCUAAGAUGAGGCACCUUGAAGUAGGCAACAAGUCAGUCGUGAAAAUGAGGACACGCACAGCAUCAAGAGUCUGAUCAAUAAAAUGCAUUCCUUUAUCAAAA